AUGGCUAUAUCAUCAUCUUCAUCGUCCAUGCAAGAUAUCUUAAAGCAACGCAAAUACCCAUUCAUCUUCUCUUUUUUCCUUUUACUAAUCUUCGUCACUUUCCUCCUUAUUUCAAACUCCCAGAAAUCUCCCAUAUUCGUUGCCAUCGACUUUGCUCAACGUACCUCUAAAUCCAAAUCAUCAAUCCCUGCUGAUAAUCCGGACUUGAAUCCUAACACUAUUUCAAUUGAAAACGUCCCGCGGGGUAAUAAUAUUACGAUCAACCCUGAUUCUAAUGGCCCGCUGAAUAAUAAUUAUACGAUCAAUACUGAUUCUGAUACAUUAAUCAACAAUGAAUUGGAAACGUUCUCUAAUGAUUGGAAGCUGUGUCCCGGUCCCGUGGCGGUUGAUUACAUACCGUGCCUUGAUAAUUGGAAAGCAAUAAAGGCAAUAAGGUCAAGAAGGCAUAUGGAGCAUAGGGAAAGGCAUUGCCCUGUUCCUAGUCCCAGGUGUUUGAUUCCGUUGCCGGUUGGUUAUAAGUUGCCGGUUUCGUGGCCUAAGAGCAGGGACAUGAUAUGGUAUGACAAUGUUCCUCAUCCUAAGCUUGUGGAAUAUAAGAAAGAGCAAAAUUGGGUAAAGCAAUCUGGUCAUUAUUUUGUUUUUCCUGGAGGUGGAACACAAUUCAAGGAUGGAGUAAAUCACUACAUCGAAUUCAUUGAAAAG